UUGUCCAGACUUUACUUCAUACACUUUCAUUACUUUAGCCCAUACUUGAAAAGAACGUAAUAUUUAAUCUGAUACAGGGGAGCACAGAACCCUGAAUCAUAAAAUAAUUUCUCCUGAAAAUGAAAAUGACAUCCAAAUAAUUUUUUUUUUUUUACUAUUUUCGCUGUUUUAUCAUACUUAUGAUAUCAUGCGUAACGAAUUCACAUAAACAUACUUCUCUGCUUUCUGUGUCAAAGAGCGGUAACUCUGUUUGUUUACAUCUCUGACGGGACGGGCGUGUGUAGAUCAGUCGCUGUUCUGGGAUUCGCUGAUGAAAUGGAUAAAAUAAACAUUGUAUUAUUGAUUACGUAUCAUGGCGUUUUCUCGUAUAUUUGAUCUGUAUGUGUAAUGAUUUGAAUGAGAAGGUAUUUCGUGGCGUAAUCAUUUGAAUAAAAGGACGAUGAGUAUAGCGGUGUGGAAUUUUUACUACAGGUUUGAUCCUCAUGGUGCCAUUAUAUAGAUGUCCAGGAACAAGGUCAGGGAUUUGCUGAUGAAAUGGAUGCACUAAACAUUGUAAUAUUGAUUACGUAUCAUGGAGUUUCUCGUAUAUUUGAUCUGUGUGUGUUGGAUCAUGCUUUUGCCUUCAGAGUCACUUUCAGCAUAUGCAUUAACAUAUAAAGAUGAUGUAUGCUAUGGGCCGUUCAAUCCCUCUCCUGACGAAACGUUUAAAGCCAUUUAUAGUGGUGAGAAGACGGACAUCAUCUGCCGUGACCUGAAGUUCAAUGGGAAGGAUAGUAAAUGGGAAGCAUGUGUCAAAGUUGAAUUUUUUCAAUUGGAAACUUGUUCUCAAAGAUUAGAAUACAGAGUGGACAGCUCAAGAACAAGCCAUGCUUUAAAAUCGUAUGAUUGUGAUGACACUGUCGAGUCUAUCCCAGAAUUCUGUACAUCUGGUAUAUUGUACAUACGGGUGGAGACUGAUAAGAAAAUGAUGAAUUCAAAAGUUGUUUACACGGUUUACGCCGGAAAGGAGCGAGAAUCGCCAAACGAUUCAUCCUACUUGAUAGCUCCCUUGGUGUUUGGAGGUGUCUUCUCUGUCUUCGUGGCUUCACUCUGCUACAAGAAAUAUCUACAAAAGCGUAGACAGGAACAAAGACAAGAAGGGGUUCUUUAUGACCCGAACUAUCGACCAUACGUCACCAUAAAUCACCAUCAUCACUACAACACCGCUGAUCAUUCAGAGGAAGAAGAACAAAGAACAAGAUUUUCACAAAACUACAGGGAUAGUCAUAGUCAGCCACACGAGGACCAUAUUUCCGAGUUAUACAGGGAUGGUUAUAGUCCGUCACAUGAGAACAAUAUUUCCGGGUUAUACAGGGAUGGUUAUAGUCAGCCACAUGAGGACAAUAUUUCCGAGUUAUACAGGGAUGGUUAUAGUCCGUCACAUGAGAACAAUAUUUUCGAGUUAUACAGGGAUAGUUAUAGUUCGUCACAGGAGAACAAUAUUUCCGAGUUAUACAGGGAUAGUUAUAGUCCGUCACAGGAGAACAAUAUUUCCGAGUUAUACGAUCACUUUGAGGAGGAACCUGAUGCUGUUUCGUCCAUUCAUGACUUACCCACGGAACAGUUCACACCUCCCGAUACUCCAGAACAAUGGAGGGCAAAUUAUAUGAUGGAUCCACCUUCCUAUGAUGAGGUGAUGAGGCAAAAAACUUAGACCUUCAUUUCAUAAUUUAUAAAAAAAAAAAAAAAAAAAAAAAAAAAAAAAAAAAACCAAAGGAAAACAAUUACUAAACACGAAGAAUAUACGAAAACAGGAAAUGAAAAUUACCAGAAAAAUAAUUUUUGAAAGGAAAGAAAGAUACGAUAAAUGUACAAGCCAACAUAUUUCUUAAGGAAUGAAUUUAUUAUUUUUUCGUUGGAUGGAGAUACACCACGAAGAAAAGACUGGAAAACUGCUUCAAUGCGCGACUGGACUAUUGUCAUCCCCGGUUUAAUGCAUUUAACUGUUAGCCCGGAAUUAUUAUUUUUGUUUUUGUAAAUACCCAUGUUUAUUUCAUUUUGCAUAAUUAAUUAUUUAUUUUUUAUAUUUGAUUGUUUUUGUUGAAUAAAUUUAUAUAGAUCGA